AUGUUAUGUUUUUGCCACAAUCUUAUCAAAAGGAAUGACAUUGUCCCAAUAAUGCCUCAACCUGGGGACCUGAUUGAGAUAUUCCGGGGGACCUAUCAGCACUGGGCCUUGUAUGUUGGAGAAGGUUACAUCGUCCACCUCUGUCCCCCCACUGAGGCAGCUGGGGCUGGUGCCUACAGCCUAGUGUCUGUGUUGUGUGACACAGCCGUUGUGACCAAGGAGAGCCUGGAGGAGAUAGUUGGGAAGGACAGGUUCCUUGUCAACAACCUGCUGGAUGGCAAACACAAACCCCGGAGUGUUUAUGACAUACUGAGGGAUGCCCGCAGCCUGCUGGGCCUGGAGAUGCCUUACUGCAUCCUGAGGGGAAACUGUGAACACUUUGUCACAGAGCUGAGAUAUGGGAAGGGAGAGUCCCGGCAGGUAUAUUAUGCUCUGGGCGUAGGUGUUAGAGCAGUGGCGAUUGGCAUGAAGGUCCUGAAUGCAGCGUCAAACAUCUCUUGUGUGAAGUCAAAACAAAAGAGGGUACUACUUUGA